AUGCGCAAUAACCAAAAUAGAGAAUCUCUGGACACAAUCUCUGAGCAAAUCGGACUCAUAUCCGUCACUAACGGCGCAGAUCUUCGAUACCUUGGCCCAUCCAGCGGCUUGUUUUUCACCAAGUUCGUCCUGGCUGGCCUGGGGAAACAGAUCCUAUCUGUGCCUGAUCGAACCUCCGCCCCUGAAUUUGCUCACAACAGCAUUCUUGUCCCUUCAGAUCUUCUCGCGCCUCAUCAGAAAGAUCUGCCUGCCGAUGAGAGGCAGGCAAGAUGGCUCUCGCAGGCAUAUUUCGAACACGUCCAUCUACAGUUUCCGUUCCUCCACGAGUCCACUCAUUGGGAAACUGUGAGUCGGGCAUAUGGCGCCGCCGAGAUCUUUUUAGUAGACAAAUUCCAGGUCUUCAUGGUUCUCGCCAUAGGCGCAGCACACCUCUCCCGGCGAACCAAGGUGGCGCUGUCUGCCGAAGGGUACUACUCCUCCGCCAUGAAACUUGUCGAUGAGAUCUUCAAGACAUCUUCUAUUGCAUCUCUGCCCUUGGACGUAGGCGACGAACAACUGAAGUCGGAUCAGCUCAAGCAACGCCAAGAGUCGGAGCCACCCACCAACGUUACCAGUGCCAUGCAUCUUUUCAGGCUCGCGAGGUUCAACUCCGAGAUCAAGUGCGUCCUUUACUGUGUCGAUCGGCAGUACCCGCCGUACACACAACCCAUGGUUGUUGAUGCAGAGAGUUGGAGAGUCGACAUCCUGAGUCGGCUGCGCCAGUGGAAGCAUAAUAUACCGAGACAUCCUGAAGGAAGCCCAGGGCAUUACAAUAGUACCCUAUGUGAGAUCAAGUAUCAUGAGCUUACGAUGCUGAUACUUCGACCAAGUCCGAGGAUACAGAACCCGGACAAGGCGUCACUGCGCGGAUGCUUCCAGAGUGCUCUGACAUGCACAGAGCUCUACCAUUCACUCUAUGUCGCGAACUCUCUCCAAUAUGGAUGGCUCAGCAUUCAUUCUCUCUUCUUGUUUGUCAUGGCCAUGUUUUACUGCGUCUGGAAGCCUUCGGAGAUUGUCAAGGAAGAGGAUUUCGACUCUGUAAUCCCCUCGCUGAAAGUCGCCUCGGAUAUCUUGAGCGCCAUCGGAGAACUUUGGCCAGAGGCGAAGAGAAAUCGCGACAUUUUGGACCUUAGUUCUAGAGUUAAACUUGUUUACAUCCGGGAUCGAUAUUCAAUGGCGGCCACAACUGGCUUCCCAGACCAGGCAGACGCCAUAGAGAAGAAGGAGCAUUAUCUGCAACAAGAUGCUUCGCAAGACGUCACUGACAGGAGGUCGGGCCAUGAUACGACGAGCUCCGUUACCGACGCGAGGUUAGACCAUGGGAAUGACGCCCGAGGAAAUUUCCGAAAUGAGGCGUCAAAUAAUUUGCAUGAUGGCAGGACCAACACCAUAGCGAAACGCGUGCCCAGCGUAGCUGCUUCGACCUCCCUUUCCGACCCGGGACCUCCUCCUGAUGGAGGUCUUUGGGCUUGGCUGAGUGUCUUGGGGACGUUUCUGGUCAUGAUGAACACGUGGGUUCUUCCCCGUAAGACGGGGCAGUUUGUCGAAUGGUCGGCGUUCCGCGAGCUCGAGUACACAUCCUAUGCAUGUGGCUCUGUCCUGUGCCUGAUGGGAGCCUACUUCGCUUUCUUCUUCGUCGCCGCCUAUGCCCGAGACAUCCAGGGCAUAUCGUAUACCAACUCACUAACCCUCGUCAUGAUGAUGAAUGGCGUUGGAAUGGUGGGCCGACUCCUGCUCACACAUCUUGCUGAUAGGUUCGGGAACCUUACCGUCUUCGUGCCUACUGAUGGACCAGAUGCUUUGCUUCUGUUUUCCUGGAUCGCGGUCUCCUCUCCAGCGGGCGUAUAUGUUUGGGCGUCCUUUUCUGGUAUGGCCACCGGUGGUUUUCAGUCGCUGUUGCCAUCCGCUUUGGCAUCUCUUACAUCUGAUCCGCAGAAGCAGGGUACUAGCAUCGGGAUGGUGUUCACGAUUGUGAGCUUUGCGGGUUUGGUCGGGCCCCCGAUCGGAGGAGCUCUCAUUUCCGCUGUCGGCGGUUCUUACGUUGGUGCUCAGGCUUUUGCAGGAACAAGUCUAUCGUUGGAGAUGGCAUUCAUGAUGACCGCUAGGGAAGUCAAAAGGAGGAAGAAGGGGCAAGAUAUGUGGAUGAAGGUAUGA